AUGCCUAUACCAUGCCCUUUCUCUUUUGAGCAACCUAGCUACGUUCAAGCUACGGUUGCAUAUCAACAUAUGAUUCAGGCCUUAGAAGCAAAAGAUCGAAUUGGGAGUCUAGCAUAUACUUUUUACCUAGGAUCCGUCUUGGUCUCUAUGGAAGGAGCCCUACCUUACGACCUACGCCAGCUAAUUAGUAGGUAUUACCAAGUAGCUGCCACAAGGCUAUACUGUCUAUUUGAAUGCGAUGGUGUAGAACAGCUACACCGAAGCGUCUAUACCAUCCUCAGCUUGGUUAGGCACCUAACACGUGCCCAAUUUGAGUCGCUUUUGCUUGCAGCUUGA